ACACAAAACAAUUAAUAUUAUAUUUAUUAUUACAACUCAUGUAGAUCAAACCCCCACCCCACCUAUAAAUAGAUGCCAUCAAAUUUUCCAAGAUUUCAGCUUUUGUUGAUAAGUAAUAACUAGUUUUCCAUCUGUCUCAUCUCCUCUGUUUGUUCAGCUGUUAAAAAAGGGGGAAAAUGGCGAGGAAGAAGAUCAGAGAGUAUGAUUCGAAGAGAUUGUUGAAGGAGCAUUACAAGAGGAUUACUGGGUCUGAAUUGGAAAUCAAAUCUGCCCAAGUCACUGAGUCAACCGAUUUCAAAGAACUCGUCGACAGCGAGCCAUGGAUGUCAUCCACAAAACUGGUUGUGAAACCAGAUAUGCUAUUCGGCAAACGUGGCAAAAGUGGUCUUGUUGCUCUAAACCUAGAUUUGGCUGGAGUUGCUGCUUUUGUCAAAGACCGCCUCGGUAAAGAGGUUGAGAUGGGGGGUUGCAAAGGGCCGAUUACUACUUUCAUUGUCGAACCAUUUGUUCCGCACGAUGAAGAGUACUACCUUAACAUUGUCUCUGAGAGACUUGGUUGUACCAUUAGCUUUUCCGAGUGUGGAGGAAUCGAUAUCGAAGAGAAUUGGGACAAGGUGAAAACUAUAUCUGUGGCAACGGGAGUGGCUUUUACAUCAGAAGUAUGUGCUCCACUUGUGGCGACACUUCCGUUGGAGAUCAAAACUGUGAUUGAAGAUUUCAUCAAAGUCGUGUAUGCUUUAUUUUUAGAUUUGGACUUCACUUUCCUUGAGAUGAAUCCUUUCACAUUGGUCAACGGGAAACCUUACCCUUUGGAUAUGAGAGGCGAGCUUGACGACACUGCUACUUUCAAAAACUUCAAAAAAUGGGGAAAUAUUGAAUUCCCGUUGCCAUUUGGAAGAGUGAUGAGUCCUACAGAAAGCUUUAUUCAUGGACUUGAUGAAAAGACAAGUGCGUCUCUCAAGUUCACGGUAUUGAAUCCGAAAGGCCGAAUUUGGACCAUGGUUGCUGGAGGAGGUGCAAGUGUCAUUUAUGCAGAUACAGUUGGAGACCUUGGCUAUGCUUCGGAGCUCGGAAACUACGCAGAAUACAGUGGGGCCCCCAAUGAAGAGGAAGUCUUGCAAUACGCCCGAGUUGUUAUUGAUUGUGCAACUGCAGAUCCCGAUGGCAAAAGGCGAGCCCUUGUGAUAGGUGGUGGAAUAGCUAACUUCACCGAUGUAGCUGCCACAUUUAGUGGGAUUAUUCGAGCUUUAAGAGAGAAGGAGGCGAAGCUCAAGGCAGCUAGAAUGAAUUUAUACGUGAGAAGAGGAGGUCCGAAUUACCAAAAGGGGCUCGAGAAAAUGAGGACUCUUGCAGAAGAAAUCGGCAUUCCCAUUGAGGUUUAUGGACCAGAAGCAACAAUGACUGGAAUAUGCAAACAGGCAAUUGAGUGCAUCAGUGCAGCUGCUUGAAAAGUUGCCAAUGCUGAUUUAAACCUUCAUUUGCUUUCCACUUUGAAUUUCAACUUUUUAUUUUUUUUAGUCUAAUUGUUGUUUCUCAUUUUAUUUCCAAGGAUUUCAAUUUGUAUCCUCAACUUAUUUUUUUCUUCUUAAUAUCAAAUAAAUAGGGAUUAAUCCCACUUUGCACCCUUGAAA